AUGGGAAUUUCUCAUCGCAGUCAGCGUAGGCUAAAUGUCUUUACCUCAAUACUCUUUACGACAACAGCAAUGUCGGCUGCUAUCCACGCACCGUCAUCAAGCGAGGUAGGAUACCACCAGGUUUUCGCUCGAUCGACCAGCGAAGAGUGUUUGCCAUAUCGAGAUGCAUCGCUACCAGUAGACGAUCGAGUGGAGGAUCUGAUCCAGCGGAUGACCAUCGACGAGAAAGCAGGACAGCUCUUCCAUGAGAUCCUUGCCCAGGGACCCAAUGGCACGCUAUCGAAUACCACAGCGAAAGUCGUCAGCGGGAAACUCAUGACGCAUUUCAACCUCCUGGGUGGAAUCGUCAACGUCCGAACAACUGCACAGUGGUACAACCGGUUACAACAACUGGCAUUAGAUACCCGGCUCGGUAUUCCGAUUACUCUGUCUUCAGAUCCUCGUCAUGCAUUUUCAAACAAAGCCGGUUCCGCAAUCGCAGCAAAUUCUUUCUCACAAUGGCCUGAGACUUUGGGCCUAGCAGCACUACGGGAUGCAGACCUCGUGGAACAGUUCGGAAACAUCGCGCGCCAGGAAUACCUAGCCGUUGGCAUUCGAUCAGCCCUUCACCCGCAGAUUGAUGUAGCGACUGAGCCUCGUUGGGCUAGGAUAUCAGGCACCAUGGGUGAGGACGCGGAUCUAACUGCUGAGCUCGCUGUUGGAUACAUCAAGGGCUUCACUGGCGAAGAAGGAUUUGGAACACAGUCCGUGACGACCGUGUCCAAGCAUUUCCCCGGCAGCGGACCUGUGGAGCAUGGCGAAGACAGCCAUUUCACGUAUGGGAAGAACGCGACGUAUCGUGGGAAAAACUUCGAGCACCACCUGAUCCCGUUCAAGGCUGCCAUUGCGGCCGGAACGAGGCAGAUAAUGCCCUACUACUCGCGCCCUAUGGGGACUAAGUACGAGGAGGUCGCCGCUGGGUUCAACAAGGGUCUUAUCACUGAUCUUCUACGCGGAGAACUCGGGUUUGACGGUAUCGUGGUGAGUGACUGGGGCCUUAUAACGGAUGCCAUUAUCGCGGGCCAGGAUAUGCCAGCGCGUGCUUGGGGCGCGGAGAACCUGACGGAACUUCAACGUGCGGAGAAGAUCCUGAAUGCUGGUACCGACCAGUUCGGAGGCGAGCAGCGGCCCGAUUUGAUUCUCGAACUGGUAAAAAAGGGUAUCGUCAGCGAGGAGCGCAUCGAUGUCUCUGUUCGCCGACUUCUCCGCGAGAAGUUCCUCCUAGGUCUCUUCGACAACCCAUUCGUUGACGUCGACGCAGCAGAGAAGAACGUCGGAAAGGCAGAAUGGGUUCGCCUAGGUUUCGAGACGCAGAAGAAGGCAUACACAUUGCUCACUAACAAUGACGACGUCCUGCCCCUGAAAGCUGAUGAGAACGCGAAGUUUUACAUUGAAGGCCUCAACAAGACAUACCUCGAGGAGCGCAACCUGCAAGUCGUCGAGACACCCGCUGAAGCCGACUUCGCCCUGCUUCGUUUACAAGCACCCUAUGUCCCGCGCCCGGGAGGCUUCGAAGCCAACUACCACGCCGGCUCGCUGGAAUACAACGCAACCGAGAAGGCACGUCAAGCAGCCAUCUACGCAGCUGUCCCGACCAUUGUCGACAUCUACCUCGAUCGCCCCGCCAUCAUUCCAGAGAUCGCCGACGCAGCUACGGCUCUCAUCGCCAACUUUGGCGCUUCUUCGCAAGCAUUCUUAGAUGUUGUUUUCGGGGUCGACGGAUCGAGGCCACUGGGAAAAUUGCCCUUUGAUCUGCCUAGGAGUUUGGCGGCUGUGGAGGCGAAUAAGGAGGACGUGCCCUUCGAUACCGAGAAUCCCGUAUUCAGAUACGGAGAUGGGUUGAGCUAUGCUGAUGAUUGCUGA